CUGGUCGUGCCACACCCUCUUUUUGCAAGAGUGCAAAAGUUCGCGCAGCUAACUAGACAAAAGGCGACAGUAUAGUAGUCUAUUUUGGGACGCAGCAAGAGAAGGAAGAGCGACAGACGAGCUGAAAAACUCUUUACGGGUCUAGGGAGGUAGAAUGAGCGAGGCCAGUCACAAGAAGGUGAUAGUGAUAGGCGACGGCCACGUCGGAAAGACGUGUUUUGUGGCGAAAGUCACAGAAAACAAGUUUAUUCCAAACUACCUGCCUACUAUGGGAGUUGAAUUUGGAGUGAAGUCAAUAAGGAGAGGAAACCAUGACGUGAAAUUGAAGGUGCAAACAAAGUGCUUUUUGAGAGCUCCCGACACAGUCACCAUUACAUCGCGACCCUCGCCCCACAGGCAGUGUGGUGACAUUGGCCGUGCCUUGGAGAAGUAUAUACUGCGCCAAGAGAGAUUCAACAGCCUCAUGCCUCAGUUUUGUCGCGGAGCUGCGGUUGCCAUAGUGAUGUGUGACGUCACGCAGCCAGCGACGCUCCAAUCGACAAAGAUGUGGAAGCAGCUGGUGGACAAGAAUGUUCUUCAACCCAACGGACAAUCCAUUCCUGCUGUACUGCUAAUUAACAAGUUUGACCUCCCGAAGCAGAGACAGUUGAUAUCAGUGGAGGCCAUACAGGAAGUGGCCAGGGAGUGCUCCUUCGUCAGACAGUACCAGAUCUCCGUCAAAGACAGCACCAACAUUCUGGAGGCCCUCGAGUUUGUGGCAGAGCUGGCAGAGAGAUACGAGGACGAGGAGAGAACAUACCUCGAUACGGCUGCCCUGUCUCUUCCCACCAUGUACUCUGAACACCGCAAGAGACAAAUGAACUGUUGUACUGGCGGCGGCAACACCUGAUGAUAGUCUCACCUCCAAUCAUCUCUCUCUCUCUCUCUCCCUCCCUCCCUUACGUUCUCAACAUUUCCCUCUCUCCUAUAUAUUCCUUAUUAUUUUUUGUGUUGUAUAUAUAUAUUUGACACUUUUGUAUCACUCAUUAGUUUAUAAGUCCACAAACAAGACGAAAAAAUGUGUUUAACAAACGAAAAUUAUUCAUUCGAUGAGUUUUGAGUGGGGGGUUGCCCCUGUGGAAUUGACAAUCGAGGCACUACGUCGCUACUAACGUUUGAAGUGGCGGUGGUGGUACCUCCACUAGUGUAAUCGGUUGUUGACCGAGAC